UUCCUUUAUUUAUCAAAUAUUUAUUGAGUGCCUUUUGUGUUCCAGCAAGUCCUGGGCUGUGUCCAGUGGAUUCCAUGGUACAUAAAGGACAGGGUCCCCUAUUUUUCAGGAGUUUCAUUCUAGGAGGAGAAGCGAAGUUAACAGGAGUUUGUGGUCUGCUGUGAUAUGGUGUAAGCUAUUUCUUCACGACUGGACAGCUGAGGACCUGUUAUUUCUCGUUAGCCUUGAGCAGACUUUACAGCUGUAGAAAAAUCGCAGAGUUCCAGAUUCUGCUUUCUGUCUUUCCUGGCGCUGAAAUUCAUCUUGCAACCAUGUAUGGAAGUGCUCGCUCAGUUGGGAAGGUGGAACCAAGCAACCAGAGCCCUGGGCGCUCACCUAGGCUUCCACGUUCCCCUCGCUUGGGUCAUCGUCGAACCAACAGUACAGGAGGGAGUUCUGGAAGCAGUGUCGGGGGUGGCAGUGGGAAGACCCUUUCAAUGGAGAAUAUCCAGUCCUUAAAUGCUGCCUAUGCCACUUCUGGCCCUAUGUACCUGAGUGACCAUGAAAACGUGGGUUCAGAAACACCUAAAAGCACCAUGACGCUUGGCCGUUCUGGAGGACGUCUGCCUUACGGUGUGAGGAUGACAGCGAUGGGCAGUAGCCCCAACAUAGCCAGCAGUGGGGUGGCCAGUGACACCAUAGCAUUCGGGGAGCAUCACCUCCCCCCAGUGAGCAUGGCGUCCACUGUUCCUCACUCUCUUCGCCAGGCGAGGGACAACACAAUCAUGGAUCUGCAGACACAGCUGAAGGAAGUGUUAAGGGAAAACGAUCUCCUACGAAAGGACGUGGAAGUAAAGGAGAGCAAGCUGAGUUCGUCCAUGAAUAGCAUCAAGACCUUCUGGAGCCCAGAGCUGAAGAAGGAGCGAGCCCUGCGGAAAGACGAAGCCUCCAAGAUCACUGUGUGGAAGGAGCAGUACAGAGUCGUGCAGGAGGAAAACCAGCACAUGCAGAUGACAAUCCAGGCUCUCCAGGAUGAGCUGCGGAUCCAGAGGGACCUGAACCAGCUGUUUCAACAGGAGAGUAGCAGCCGGACUGGGGACCCGUGCGUGGCGGAGCUGACGGAGGAGAACUUCCAGAGGCUGCAUGCCGAGCACGAGCGCCAGGCCAAAGAACUCUUCCUUCUCCGGAAGACUCUGGAGGAGAUGGAGCUGCGCAUCGAGACGCAGAAGCAGACCCUGAAUGCCCGCGACGAAUCCAUCAAGAAGCUUCUGGAGAUGCUGCAGAGCAAGGGACUUUCUGCCAAGGCUACCGAGGAGGACCACGAGAGGACAAGGAGGCUGGCCGAGGCGGAGAUGCACGUCCACCACCUCGAAAGCCUUCUGGAGCAGAAGGAGAAAGAGAACGCCCUGCUGAGGGAGGAGAUGCAUCGGAGAUUUGAGAGCGCCCCCGACUCUGCCAAAACGAAGGCUCUGCAAACGGUUAUCGAGAUGAAGGAUUCAAAAAUUUCCUCUAUGGAGCGUGGGCUCCGAGACUUGGAAGAGGAAAUUCAGAUGCUGAAAUCGAACGGGGCUCUGAGUACUGAAGAGCGGGAGGAGGAAAUGAAGCAGAUGGAGGUCUAUCGAAGCCAUUCUAAAUUCAUGAAGAAUAAGGUAGAGCAACUGAAGGAGGAGCUAAGUUCCAAAGAGGCUCAAGGGGAGGAGCUGAGAAAGAGAGCGGCUGGUCUGCAGGCCGAGAUUGGCCAGGUGAAGCAGGAGCUGUCCCGGAAGGACACGGAGCUGCUGGCCCUGCAGACAAAGCUGGAAACGCUCACGAACCAGUUCUCAGACAGCAAGCAGCACAUCGAAGUGCUGAAGGAGUCGCUGACCGCCAAGGAGCAGAGGGCCGCCAUCCUGCAGACAGAGGUGGACGCCCUGCGAUUGCGUUUGGAAGAGAAGGAAACCAUGCUGAACAAGAAGACGAAACAAAUCCAGGACAUGGCCGAGGAGAAGGGGACCCAAGCUGGAGAGAUCCACGACCUCAAGGACAUGCUGGACGUGAAGGAGCGGAAAGUGAACGUGCUUCAGAAGAAGAUUGAAAAUCUCCAAGAGCAACUUAGAGAUAAGGAAAAGCAGAUGAGUAGCUUGAAGGAGCGAGUCAAGUCGCUGCAGGCCGACACCACCAACACCGACACCGCCUUGACGACGCUGGAGGAGGCCCUGGCCGAGAAGGAGCGGACAAUCGAACGCUUAAAAGAGCAGCGGGACCGAGAUGAGCGGGAAAAGCAGGAGGAAAUUGAUAACUACAAGAAGGAUCUUAAAGACUUGAAGGAAAAAGUCAGCCUCUUGCAAGGCGACCUCGCAGAGAAAGAGGCUUCGCUCUUGGAUCUGAAGGAGCACGCUUCUUCCCUGGCUUCCUCGGGCCUGAAGAAGGACUCGCGGCUCAAGACACUAGAAAUUGCUUUGGAGCAGAAGAAGGAGGAGUGUCUGAAGAUGGAAUCACAAUUGAAAAAGGCACACGAGGCAACGUUGGAAGCCAGAGCCAGUCCAGAGAUGAGUGAGCGGAUACAGCAGCUGGAGAGAGAGGUUGCCAGGUACCAAGAUGAGUCUGGCAAGGCCCAGGCGGAAGUUGACCGCCUCUUGGAAAUCUUGAAGGAGGUGGAAAAUGAGAAGAAUGACAAAGAUAAGAAGAUUGCUGAGCUGGAGAGUCUCACCUCAAGGCAAGUGAAGGACCAGAAUAAGAAGGUAGCGAACCUGAAGCACAAGGAGCAGGUGGAGAAGAAGAAGAGCGCGCAGAUGCUGGAGGAGGCCCGGCGCCGGGAGGACAACCUCACCGACAGCUCCCAGCAGCUGCAGGACAGUCUCCGUAAGAAGGAUGACAGGAUUGAAGAGCUGGAAGAAGCACUAAGAGAAAGUGUGCAGAUCACUGCGGAGCGAGAGAUGGUGCUCGCCCAGGAGGAGUCAGCCAGGACCAGUGCUGAGAGACAGGUGGAGGAGUUACUGAUGGCCAUGGAGAAGGUGAAGCAGGAGCUGGAGUCCAUGAAGGCGAAGCUGUCCUCGACUCAGCAGUCCCUGGCGGAGAAGGAAACUCAUCUGACCAACCUCCGGGCCGAGAGGAGGAAGCACUUAGAGGAGGUCCUGGAGAUGAAGCAGGAAGCCCUUCUGGCCGCCAUCAGUGAGAAAGACGCCAACAUCGCACUCCUGGAGCUUUCGUCCUCAAAGAAAAAGACCCAGGAGGAGGUGGCCGCCCUGAAGCGGGAGAAGGACCGGCUUGUGCAGCAGCUCAAGCAGCAGACACAAAAUCGCAUGAAGCUGAUGGCCGACAGUUACGAGGACGACCACUUCAAGCCCUCCCCUUCCAGCCAAGCCAACCAUAAACCCUCCCCGGACCAGAUCAUCCAGCCCCUCUUAGAACUUGACCAAAAUAGAAGCAAACUAAAGCUGUACAUCGGACACCUGACAGCCCUCUGCCACGACCGAGACCCCCUGAUCCUUCGAGGACUCACUCCGCCAGCUUCCUACAACCUGGACGACGACCAGGCCGCGUGGGAGAGCGAGCUGCAGAAGAUGACCCGGGAACAGCUUCAGGACGAGCUGGAGAAGGGCGAGCGGGACAACGCAGAGCUGCAGGAGUUCGCCAACGCCGUCCUGCAGCAGAUCGCAGACCACUGCCCCGACAUCCUGGAGCAGGUGGUCAACGCGCUGGAAGAGUCGUCCUGACCCCCUUCAUGGGGGUGGCCGGUCCCGCAGCCCCAUCGAGCAACGCCGGGAGCCAGGAACGGAGGCACAGAGGCUGCUGGGCACCAGACACGCACCGCAGAUCUGUCCCGCCUCGCUAGGCCCUCCAGUCCGUCUCCGCCUUUCUCCUCCCGCCGCCGCGUCUGCACUCGUUCCCCCGACGUCCAGGCUGGUGAGUGGCUGGGUCUCCGUGGAAGCUGGCGGCCCUGCCUUUGCAGAGGGACUAGAGGGGGAGCCCGCUUCCCUCUGUCCUUGACCAAGGACUCGAUCUGGAAUCCACUCAGACGGAGAGAGUGCUUCCCCAGGGACCAGAGGGCUGAGUGUUCUAAUCGCACGACAGGUGCUUUCUCCUAAAAGGGUAAAAAAAAAAUCUCCAAAUGAGUAUUAAAACAGAGAGCAGAGAGAAGAGGGAAGAGAGACAGAGAGAAAGGUGACUUCCGUUCUCUCCUGUCUGCUCUCCACGUGUGCCGCUCCUGCGGGGCGUGUGGGUGGGCGGGGUGGCCUGGGGCCGCCGAGCCCAGGCUGGUGUCUCCCCCGCCCCCUCCCCGCCUCCCUGGCCCUCCCGCUUCUCCUCACUUGGCUUACAGGAGGCGGGGCAGUCCCUCUCCGUGAAGACCUUUGAGUGGGUUUGUCUGAUCCUGUCUCUCGUGGAAGAGAAGCAGGCUUGGUCAUCCCCGCCCGCAGCUCUGCUUCUCAGAAGAUUCCCUGGGGUCAGGCUGGUUUCUCCCAAACGUCUCCCUCAUCAGCACCGCAGAACCAGAGCCUCAGGCUCUGCCGGAAGCUGCUUCUAGUCCAGAUGACUGUUUCUCACCCCGCACGCUUUCCUUCCUCCGUUCUUUCAUUUGGCUCAUACUUACGAAGUGCCUACUGUGUGCAGGUCACCGUCGGGCACCCAUCCGUGCAGAAAGCCUCUUGGUGGUGGGGGGGGGUCAGGGACUCGGCGAGACACACCUGGUGGAGUCAGCAGGAAAAGGCACGCCCCUCCCCUCCCCCAUCUUCAUAGAUGGUGUCUUUUCCAGAAGAGCCUUCCACAGAUCAGCAUUUCUCAUUAUGGUGGAAUUUAUGGGCUUGGGGGCAGGCGGCUGAGUCACUCACUGCCUCCAGCAUCCCAUCUGGUGACUCAGGAUCUGGGGGCUGUGUUACCCUGAACAGUGUGCCGUUCACAGUGCCACGGUCGUGGGCAGUGUUUUCUUUGCACAGCUGUGCGCACCUCGUGGAACACGGCCAGCUCCGUGUUGCAAAGCAGAAAAUUGACCCCAAAGUUGCAAAUCCGGCUGAAGGUGUUGGCAUUUUCCCCACGCACGGCGGUGGCCUUCAGAAGUCACCAGGCACCAAGAAGUAGACCACUUACCCCACAUCUAGGCCUUUGACCACCCCUGCGGCCAGGCCCCCAGCAGACACUCGUCCUCUGAUAAGAGUUGCCGGCCUAAAUGCUUCCGUCUUGCGUGGUCUCCUUUCUGCUUCCCUGGUUGCCCAGAGAGUCUGUGCUGCCCGUCCAGUCACCACAGCCGUCAGGCCCAGCUUCCCACCGGCAGCCCAUGACUGUCCCGCUAACUUACAUGGUCAGGCCUUCCGCUGCCCUGCUUCCCUGUGUGGAACGGCCUCUCGCUGCAAGAAGCUGUCGAGUGCUCCUCGAAGGGUCCGGUGGACUCAGCUUGUAAAUUCGGACUGAGAUGCCUCCUCUUAGGCAGGCUGGCUGGAGGAGGGGUGCAGCAGCGGGGAGGCAGGAGGCGGUGGCCAUUCGUGGUCAGAUACCUCCAUUCCACGUAUUUGCUGUGCUGCCCACAUAUCAGGUAGGAGGCCCUUGGUGCCAGGGCUGGAGUCGUGGAGUCCCCU